AUGCGACACUAUAAACGAAAGUCUAAAAAUUAUAUGAAGAUGCAUGGAGGGUACGAUUCAGAGUUUUCGGAGAGAGAAUCGUGCCUCGUCUGUGGUUUGCACGCUAUGCUGCUGAUCCACCCGGCACCGCUCUUCUCUGCCCUAGUUUGUUCGCCUCCACCUUCGGGACUUUAUGUUUCUCUUCUCCCUCAUUCGAGACUUGCAGAUUUUAGUUUCCUUUUGAAGGGUCCCCAACAAAAGCGAAUUCAUGGACAUAGAUUUGUGUCAAUGUAUCCAACAGGCACAUCUCUUUUAAAGUGGGAAGCUCUACCACAACACAAACCCAUAACUCAAAAAUAUGUAAUUCCUUUACGAAGGGGUAAAAUAGUCAAAGCAGUAGCCAGUCCUAUCACACCACCAUUACCCGCAGACAGUGCAGAAAGAAGACAAGAAUUAUGCGAAAAUUACGGUUUUAGACAAAUUGGAGAACCACUUCCAGAUAAUAUCACAUUGAGGAACAUCAUCGAUACUCUUCCCAAAACCGCAUUACACUCUUACGGCUUUUCAUGA